GGGCGCAGAGGGCGUGGAGGGCGCGGAGGGCGCGGAGGGCGCAGAGGGCGCAGAGGGCGCGGCGGGCGCGGAGGGCGCGGAGGGUGUGGAGGGCGCGGCGGGCGCGGAGGGAGCGGUGGGCGCGGAGGGCGCGAAGGGCGCGGAGGGUGCGCAGGGCGCGGAGGGCGCGGAGGGUGAGGGUGCGGCGGAGGGCGCAGGGGGCGCGAGGGUGCGGCGGAGGGCGCGGAGCGCAGAGGGCGGAGGGUGCGGCGGAGGGCGCGAGGCUGCCGCGGAGGGCGCGGAGGGGCGCAGAGGGCGCGGAGCGGUGCGGAGGGCGCGGUGCGGCGCGGAGGGCGCGGAGCGGCGCGGAGGGCGCAGCAUUUCCGAGCAUUUGCAUAGCAUUUCCGACCAUUUCCGAGCAUUUCUGAGCACUUUG